GCCCCGCCCCCGAUGAAAUUCCAGCCUAGUUCGGCCUAGGCAUUACGCUGAGACCGCCAAGCGCUUGCAGACCAUGGCCGUGAUCUUGGGUUAUUGGGACAUCCGCGGGCUUGCUCACGCGAUCCGCCUGCUCCUGGAGUACACAGACUCACCCUAUGAGGAGAAGAAGUACACCAUGGGGGACGCUCCGGACUAUGACAGAAGUCAGUGGCUGAAUGAAAAAUUCAAGCUGGGCCUGGACUUCCCCAAUCUGCCCUACUUAAUUGAUGGGGCUCACAAGAUCACCCAGAGCAACGCCAUCCUUCGCUACAUUGCCCGCAAACACAACCUAUGUGGGGAGACAGAAGAGGAGAAGAUUCGAGUGGACAUUUUGGAGAACCAAGCUAUGGACACCUCCAAUGAGCUGGCCAGGGUCUGCUAUAGCCCUGACUUUGAGAAACUGAAGCCUGGGUACCUGGAGGGCCUCCCUGACAAGAUGAAGCUCUACUCACAGUUUCUGGGGACGAGGCUUUGGUUUGCUGGGGAGAAGCUCACUUAUGUGGAUUUCCUGGCUUAUGACAUCCUUGACCUGCACCGAAUAUUUGAGCCGAAUUCUCUGGAAGCAUUCCCGAACCUGAAGGAGUUCAUGGCCCGAGUUGAGGGCCUGAAGAAGAUCUCUGCCUACAUGAAGUCCAGCCGCUUCCUCCCACACCCGAUAUACUCAAAGCUUGCUGUGUGGGGCAGCAAGUAGGACUGAGUGAGGGUAGCUGCUGGCAAGAAGCAGUGCUGUGUUGUUGGGCCGUGGCCCUGGAGCACAGCUGGACUGCCCUGAAUCCCUGGAACCAGCGAUCUUGCUUCUUCCCCUCCUGUUCUUUCUGGUAACUCACAUUCAGCCUUAUUGGGCCCCUUUACCUUCCCCAAUGCAAAUUUGUCUAGCACCUUUAAAGGUGAACAGCACCCCACUUUUCUUCACCCGAGUGCCCCGCAGACAUGAUCCUUCCUGCACACUUUUCUUCCCUGAGUGCUGGUUCUGUGUGUGGAGUCCGACCGCAUCCCUGGCCCUUGGGCUCUGCCUGAGUUCCCCAGGCACUGCCUGAAGACUGGGGUGCGGGCCUGGCUCCCCCAGUGGGGUCUCUUCCUGGCCCUGCCUGAUCCCCAGUAAAGCCUUCAUCCCAACUGUUCUGUCCUGUCUUCUCCCCUCUGGGCACCAGGACUGUCUCCAGGCCCUGCCACAGCCCGGGCUGCCUGGUGACCCUGGCUGUGCCUGCCCUGUGGGGUCCCGUGAGGGCGGUGGCUGUUUGGAGACCUCCUCUCCCUCCUUCUGACACCGUCAGAGCAGGAAUCCUGUGGCUUGCUCUGAAUUUUUACAUUUCUUCACACUACUCUGAUGCUCUAGAAGGUGAUGUUUUCCUAUUUUGUUGCUGGGACUCGGGGAGAACCCGGAGCAGACACUAGAAGGAAAAGGCGAGAAGAGUAUUAUGCUUUGGUCAGGGAUGUUUUACUGGUCUGCAGAGAGGGUCUCUGAUUUGCCGGUGCCCCCAGAAGGCAAGUGGAUCUUUCUCCAAUACCGCAGGUCCCUGGGACUCCCCAGGGUCAGAGUAGGCUGGCUUUGCAGGUUCCUAAAAAUCCCUUGAGGAUUUCCCCUGUUACGUUUGCUAAUCGUGUAUUGGCCAUGCAGGUUUCUGCCUGAUGAACCACUGUGAGUGUCCCUGUGGAAAAUUCUGUGGGACCAGUAUCCACCCACGGCUGAUACAAUUACUGGGUCACGGUGAAAAUUGAGGUGGUGGCCGAGAGCACCUUUUUUUAAUGCACACAAUUACUUAAUGGUGGUUCCGUUAUCGGCUUCCUACUAUGUAA